UUCAAGAAUGCCUGUUGAUAGGGAGACUUGUAGAGCAACAAAAUAGAGAGUGCUAGAACUCUAGCACAGUCAUAGCUGUCAGGCACCGUCCUGUGCCACAAUGUGGCUGUACCUGGCGGCCCUCGUGGGCCUGUACUACCUUGUGCGCUGGUACUGGGAGAGGCAGGUGGUGAGCCACCUCCGAGACAAGUACGUCCUCAUCACGGGCUGCGGCUCGGGCUUCGGGAACCUGCUGGCCAGACAGCUGGACAUGCACGGCUUGAGGGUGCUGGCUGCGUGUAGGACAGAGAAGGCGGCCGAGCAGCUGAGGGCCCAGUCGUCAGACAGGCUGGAGACGGUGACUCUGGACAUCGCCAAGACAGAGAGCAUCACUGCAGCCACCCAGUGGGUGAAGGAACGUGUGGGAGACAGAGAUUUCAAACUACUCACUGCAAAGCUUUUGGCAACAUGCAAGAAGAAUCUGUCAGAGGUGACGGACUGCAUGGAGCAUGCGCUGACCGCCUGCCACCCCCACACCUGCUACUUGGCUGGCUGGGACGCCAAGCUCUUCUACCUCCCCAUGAGCUACAUGCCCACCUUCCUGGCAGACGCCAUCCUCACUCGGGGCCUCCCAAGGCCGGCCAAAGCCCUGUAAAGCCAAGACUGUAGCGCUUAUUUGGGUGGGGUUGGAUGCUGUGUGAGAGGUGAUAUGUCCUGGGGAGAGAAAUAGGGUGGAAGGUGAGAGCUCUCAUGUCAGCAGGUCACCUGUCCUACCUCUGUCCUCACCUGUGGCCAUGAUGGGUGAGGGGUAAUGUGUCACGGUGUGGGAAAUAGAGAGGUGGGAGGGAGCUCUCAAGUCUCCAAGGUCAUGUUCCUCACCCCCUCCUCACAUCUUCCCCAAGCUUUUCUUGGGACAUUAGGCUGGACUCUGGGGAUAUUGGGAGUAAAGAACCACAUCUGCAGCUUAGGAAGGGAGACCCAGUCACAUAUAUUGGCAUCUUAUUUCAGUAGACAGUCACUCAAGUCUCUGAUCUCAGGGCCCACAUGCCACCCUAAGGAAUGUACACUUUUGGGAGAGCAGGAGCAACUAGGGUGAAUGGGCCAGUCCACAGCUGCUCUGCCUCCUGUCCCCCUCAUCAAGCUAUGCCUUGCCUGGACAGUCUACAUCCUCCUACAGGAUGGAAAUUGCCUGGAGAGGAGGGCUCCCUCCUCUGGAGAUACCUGUGCACAUGGGGUGGGAAUGGGGAGGGCAACCACCAACCUGACACAUCAGGCCUCAGGUGCCAACUCAGCACGGAGACCUGUCAUCUGAGAGUGGGAGGCAUUCCCAGCCCUGGGAGGAAGAGCCCUGUACCUGGUCCCACAGGCUUCACACCCCCACUUCUAUGGCCUGUAUUUUCAGUUCAGGCCAGGGGAACACUGCCUUGGCCAGCAGUCAACAGAGAGGCCCAGGAGGCACUGAGUCAGGCCCAGGCCUAUAUUGGGGCAGUUCUGAGUCACCCCUAUCCAGGUCCAGAGCCUACCUCUGGAUUUUACGUGUGUCCUCAAGAACUGGGAUACCCACUGUUCCUGGGCCUGCUUAGCCCCUGAGUGAUAUGGUCUGACUUCUCCCAGCCAAGGCUUCCCUGUUCACUCACCCAGGAGGCAGAGACUGGGAGGCGCUUCCCAAGUCCAGUGUAGGAGGGGCUCUGCUACAGGGUGGCAUGAAGUAAGGUCUGCCUUCCACCCCUGCCCGCCUCCCUUCCCUAUGGGCUUUGGGUCUGCUCUUCAGGGAUGGGUCCAUGGUCUGACCACUCCAACCCCCAGCCCAAACACUCUUAGUACAGAACAGCCAGGCUCUGCUGGGCUUUCCUGAGGUGACACUUGCUUUAUCUGAUUCUGGGUCUGGCCCGGCUGGGUAAAUAGUGGAGCACAGAGAUGCAUCCUUUGUCCCUUCACUCUAGGGAACUCUGUGGCUGCAUUUCUGUGUCAGACCCUCUAAAGUGAGAAGGUAUGGGCUGGUGACCAGGCUCCUGAGGAAUAGUGACACUGGAGAUUGAUCCAUGGAACCACACUAGGCUCCAGCAUCAUUCUGUCCCGGCAUCUUAUGUAGUUCUGGGCAUGGUUCCUCACUACUCACACCUUUGUCUGGUUUCCUUAUUUCUUUUCCUUCACUACCUUCCUUCCUACCUUUCUGUGAGUUUUGUGCCCAAUUGCCUAGAAUCUCUCCUUCUCCAAGUCCUGACCCUGAGAAUGUUCUCAGUCUCUGACCCCAGUUCUCUGCUCCUCCUACAUCUCAUCCCCUCCCAGAGCCAAGGACUCUGCCCCGGCCCUUCCCCCUGAUGCCCUGUGAGCACAUGAGCCCUGCAUCAUGUGGCUGGGCAUCCUCACUGGUGACCCGAGUGUCCUCCCGAAGGCGUCUGGCCCUAGUCCCUCAGGUCCUUCUACUUUGGGGGAAUUGGGGCCUCACAUCACCAGCCUCCCCUAUAGGAGGACCCUGCUGCCUCUAGCCUCAGGCACAUCCACCCUGAGGGAAAUCCUUUGUUUCCCAUUCUCUUUCAUGAUGGAGACUUACCUAAGAAUUCCAAAUAGCUGCUGACCUGGAACUUGUUUCUCUUGGGGUUUGGAAAGCACAGAACCAAUUUUUCGUUUGUUUGUUCUGCAUUAAUGAAUUUGUCUUAAUUUUUUUCCCUGAAAAUAAAAAUUAAAUGUAUUUACA